AUGGAUACGUCGGAGUACACCCCUUGUCUUUUGUCACAAGACCCGGAUGUCGCUGUGGUGAAGACGCCAUUGCAAGACCCGGAUGUCCCUCUGGCGAAGACGCCAUCUCAAGACCCGGAUGUCGCUGUGGCGAAGACGCCAUAUCAAGACCCGGAAGUCGCUGUGGCUAAGACGCCAUCUCAAGACCCGGAAGUCGCUGUGGCGAAGACGCCAUCUCAAGACCCGGAAGUCGCUGUGGUGAAGACGCCAUCUCAAGACCCGCAUGUCGCUGUGGUGAAGACGCCAUCUCAAGACCCGGAUGGUGCGGUGACGGCACCCCUUUUGCAGCGCAUCCUACUGAAGGUGCAAAGUUCUGGGUACAGAAUGAAACUGUACUAUAUGCUGGGGAUGUACAUUUCGUCCUUCUUUACAGGAUGCAUAGUUGGACUGAAGGGACCAGCCUUCCUCGACCUUCAGCAGAUCGCUGGAGUUGGCACAAGCAAGGGUGCAGCCUUCUUCACAGCUGCAGCCGUCGGAGGGGUAGUUGGAAGUUUGGUCGGUGGCGCUCUCUACGACAGAUUCAACCGUCACGUGGUUCUCUUUGUGUCAUCCUUCCUGUAUGCUGUGACGUGUGCAAUCAUCCCCUGGUGUUCUGUGUACUGGACAAUGGUCAUGAUGUUCCUGCUACACGAGCUCGUUACAGGAGCUGCCAGGUCAGGUACAAACGUGGAGAUCGUGGAGGAGUGGGGCGACGAGGGCAAACCCUUCAUGCAGGCUCUGCAUUUUUCCUUCUCUCUCGGAGCCACCGUUGCCCCCUUAAUUCUUGAACCAUUCCUCUCCCCAGAACCUGUGCCAGAUACAACUAACACUUCUUUCACAACAACAGGUGGCCCCUCCUUCACGACAACAACUUCCAACAUGACGACUAUGGCAUUUCCUAGGCCAGAGAGUAAUAUCCACUAUGGCUUUCUCGUCGUUGCUAUUCUGUCAGGGUUGUCUUCCUUCGUGUUUCUUAUCAAAUACUUUCAUGAAAAAAAGAAGGGCAAAAGCUUCUUCCGACGGAAGUACUCACAGGGGGCCAUCAAGGACCAUGAAGAGGAGGAAGGUCCAGUGAGGAAGAAGAGAACCCUCCCUCGACAUCUUCUCAUCAUCACCCUGGCCUUCUUUGCCCUCUUCUACUUCUUCCUGGACGAGGUAGAGGACACCUCUCCUUCAUUCCUGGCUGUAUUUGUCGUGAAGCAGAUGAAUUGGACAAAACAAUAUGGUGGACGCCUGACUUCCGCUUUCUGGGGAUCCUACACAGCAGGAAGGGGGUUUGGCAUCGUUCUCAUCAACUUCUUCAGCUAUGAAAAGUUCUUCACCAUCUGUUGUGUGGUCCUCUGCACGUCCCAGCUCGGUCUCCUUCUGUCAGCCACCUAUGGAUUUGAUACUGGAAUCUGGAUCAGCAUUGUUGGUAUUGGGCUGGCGAUCUCAGUGGUGUUCCCUGCAAGUCUCACUUGGACAGAGAAGGAACUGGUCCAGCUCUCAGGGAAGCUGAUGGGAGUGAUAUUUGUUGCCCUAGGUCUUGGGGGACUUGCAAACCCUCAGAUCAUUGGCGUCACGAUGGAUCUAUAUUCACCAAUGUGGUACAGUUAUGUUUUAUUUGCUGAGAGCAUCUUGUUUUCCAUCACCUUCCUCGUUCUGAUGAUGUUUGCAAAGAAGUUCAACGAGUACAACGACAGGUGA